AUAGAGUUUGCACCUCAUGAUCCUAAAUUCAACUAAUGCAACCUGUAUCUCAACCAUCCAAAGAACAAGUAGGAGGUUGGUUGAACAUCAUGGUGCUCCUUUAGAAGCACUUCAAAUGUUGGGCCAAGAUAGUGUCCAGUGCCUGCUUAAUAUGGGGCCCAAGUUUAUGAAUGAAAAAGGACUAAAUCAUGUUACCUUUUCAACUCGAGAUGGAGCACUGAAGGCUACUCCAGCAAUGGGGAUAGUCGAUGCAAUUGUAGACCUUGUGAGCAGUGGAACAACUUUGGGAGAGAACAAUCUGAAAGAGAUUGCAAGUGGAGUCAUCUUGCAAAUUCAGGCGGUCCUUGUUGCUAGCAGGAAAUCAUUGACACAUAAGGAUGUGCUAGAUAUAACACAUGAAAUGCUUGAAAGGCUAGAGGCUCAUUUGCGUGCUUCGGGGAAACUCUGCAGAGGAAGUAGCUGAGCGCGUACUGAGCCGAAAUUCCUUAUCAGAGUUGCAGGUACGGACUAAGAGUGUUACUAAACAGUUUAAUAGGGCAGAAAACUAUCUUACUACCCUUUGACAGAGGGAUAGUAAUCACAGUCCAUAAACUGUUAGCUACUCAAUUCCCAACAAACUUAGGCAUGCCCU